UGAACUUCUUCUAUAUUGUCGCGUGUCCUGGUAGCUUCACAAGCAUCAAACUUCCAUAAUGGCGACCAAUGGCACCAAACCACCUCACGUCCUCAUCAUCGGAGCGGGGACGAGUGGACUCUUGAUUGCCCAAGGUCUGAAGAAGGCUUCAAUCCCCUUCACAAUCUUCGAAUCCGAAACCCCCUCAACCUACCAAACCCGCCCCCGCGAAUGGGGCAUGACCCUGCACUGGGGCAGCUCACACAUCGCCUCCUGCCUGCCCGAAUCCCUCGUUGCCCGCUUCAACGAAGCCUACGCCGACCCCACGCAGUCCCCCGACGCCGUCACUGGCCUGCCCAUCUACAAUGGCGCGACGGGCGAGCUGAUCAUGGAAAUGGGCGCCGACAAACCAUGUCGCGUGAGCCGCAAGAAAAUGCGCAAUUUGUUUGCCGAGGGGAUCGAUGUAAGAUAUGGCAAGACGUUCGUGGGCGCGGAGAUCAAAGGAGACAAGGUGGAGGUGAAGUUUGCGGAUGGGGAAGUGGUUGAGGGCGAUAUCUUGGUUGGCAGCGACGGGGCCAAAUCACGCGUGCGCAGCGUACUCGUCGGCGAAGACGCCGCAAAGUUAACAGACGUGCCUGUCAGCAUGUUCAACUUCCCGUCGAAAGUCCCCGGCGAACUGGCGAGGAAGAUACGCGACAUGAACCAACUGUUCAUCACGAGUAUACAUCCGGAUAACGGCGCGAUGUUUUGGCUGUCUAUCCAAGACGUCCCCGAUCCUGCCGACCCUGCAACAUGGACAUUCCAAGUCCUCCAAUCCUGGACUGACGCCUCUGUCCCCGCGGACGUAGACCUCAGCACCCCGUCUGGCCGCAUGUCCUUUUUCAAAUCCCGCGCUGCCAUGUACGCUGAGCCCUGGCGCUCCGCCGGCGCCGCUAUCGAUCCCUCAUUAUCCCUCCCCCUCGACAAAGGCACGUACUGGGCCAACAGCGCGGCGUGGGACAAUCGACAGGGCCGCAUCACGCUGUGUGGGGACGCCGCGCAUCCGAUGACGCCGCAUCGCGGGCAGGGACUAAACAAUGCGUUGCAGGAUGCGAGUAAUUUUGUGGCUGCGAUGAUUAGGGUGAAGGAGGGGGCGGGGCUGGGGGAAGAGGUGGACAAGUAUGAUAAGGAGAUGUUGGAGAGGGGCACGGCGGAGAUGGGGGUCAGUUUGAAACAGACGCUGUUUAUCCAUAAUUGGGAGACGUUGAUGCAGAGUCCCAUGGUCAAGAUUGGGAUGAGGCAGGUGGAGAAGGCGGAGGCCUGAGGGGAGAAUAUAUAGCGGUUUGGUGCUUUUGCACACAAAUAAAUAAAUCAAAGUUCAAACAA